AUGUGGUUCACUCGACAUUCACUCCGACGACAAAGUGAAGAUAGCGGACAAGUUUCGGGAGAUAGGAAAAGAUGUAAAAGCGAUCAACGAGUUGAAUUGUUACUCUAUCGGAAGUCGAAGUUAGAAAGUGCAAGUGAAACAUCUGCAGUGUUAAGUGGAUUCGCUAUUGUAAGUUUACAAUUCUUUUUUCUUAUCUAUUCUGAAAAUGACUUCAGGUUGCACUCGUUGAAUUUUCAAUCGAUUCUUAUUCAGAAUGUUCACUUACUGGCUUUACUUAUGUCAGUUUGUAUCCUACCGGAAAUCAAAAGUGUUUUACUUCAAAAAAAUCAAUGGAUAAAGCAUAAAAAUCAAGAGCCACUAUCAGUAUCUGGCUUUUCAUUUGCUGCUGCUAUUGCUGCUAUCGCGACGCUUUGUCUCAUUGGAAUACCAUUCAUUAUCUUUGCCGUUGGUUUUUAUAUUCGAGUAGUUCGAGCGAAACUGUUCAUACAUAAACAUGAUUUCGAUGCAAUGGAACGUGGCGCAAUGAGAAAUAACGCUUUCCAGAGCUUGCCAUCAACGGCAACGUUAACGACGAUCGUCGAAAAUUCCUGA